CUAACAGGUCGCCCGUAGGAAUGUUUGCCUGCCGGUCCAGGAUGGCGCCUCGGCGUUCGUCUCAUCCCUGACCGAAUCCUUUCCCAGCGCUCAGUGCAGCCACAUCUGAUAGAACUACAGCAUGUCGCUCCACAGCCUCUGUGUUCAAGCUGUCCUUCUCAUAAGCGUCCUGUCUCUCUGCUCACCCUCAGGUGGUUCUGGGUCUGAGAGUAGGCUACAGAGGAUCCUCAUGAAACGAGAGGCAAAAGAGCCGGAAGCCAGGUCUAAAGCACAGAUCGCAGUGUCGCCGGUCAAGGCUAAAGAGUUUCUUUCAGUUUUGCGCAGGUCUAAGAGAAAUGUAUGGGACCGGAGCCGCCCUGAUGUCCAGCAGUGGAUCCAGCAGUUCAUGUACAUGGGCUACGACGAAGCAAGACUUGAGACUGAUCUCUCCUAUUGGAUGGACCAAGCCAGAUCAAAUGACCAGGGUCGGCAGCAUCAUCAUGAUGAGAACGCACCUAUGAGUCAACAGGAUCCCGGUUCCUACAGACACGCCAAUGUCAAUUAUGAUUACUAUUAA